CGUCGUCAGACAUACGGUUCUUUUAAGAACCAAAAACAGACAACACGGAGCAGAUCCCGGAAAACCACAGGCCAAUUCAACCAAAUUAAAAUGAAUUAAAAGUGUUCGAUUGUAAUAAAUCAUUUAUUAGGUAGAUAUUUAAAACGCCUACCUAUUUAUAAAAUGUAAGUGUUUUUCCCCUUAUCAAGAUAAAAUAUUUAAUCCCAUUUCAAUAUCUUAUCGAGAGAUUAUUUUAAAACAAUAAAAUCAUAUUGGCAGUAUUUUGUAAAACCAUGAAAAAAACGUUGAAAAGUUAAUCCCUUAACCUUAAAAUGGUUUCAAUCGAAAGAAACAGUGCGUCAAAUUUUAUCGAACGAGAAAGAGAAUUAAAUGAAACACGAGGACCUAAAAUAACAUGGAAAGAAAAACUUCUAAAAAGUGCACUAUUUAAAGGUUUAAUAUGUUUAAUAAUAUUCGCCACAGUGGUACCAGUUUUAAUGUUUUACUUUCUUAUCGAUCAAAAUGUUCAUAAUGUGCCCGUAACGCACACGUGCGUCGUAAACAGGACUUUCCGAGUGACGUGCGGUAAAGCUAACAUUACCCAGAGAAAGUGUUUAGAGUUGAAUUGUUGUUUUGAUGUGGAUGUUUGUUUUCAUUAUUUGCCCUCUAAAUAUUCCUUUAAUGUUGAUAAAAAUAAGGAAAAUAAACCUUCGUAUGCAAAUACUCCCUAUGGAACUAAAAGUUUGCCCAGUGUGGAUCUAUCUGUCAAAGAACUGGAUGAACACAGGGUUUUGGUGAAGUUAAAAAGAGGUUCUGAAAAAGAAGAUGAAGGACCAAAAUUUGGAAACCUUAAUAUAACUAAAUCAGAUAACCCUGUUAUGGUUGAAAUAAAAAAAAAUGAUACAACACUUUUUACCACUGCCAAAGGGCCUCUAAUAAUGUCCGAAACAUACUGGGAAUGGACUAUAUAUUUAACCAAAGACUCACUAUACGGCCUAGGUGAAACCCAAAUAAAACUGGAAAAAGGUACCAACUUAUCAAAAGUUAUUUACCCCAAUAAAUUUAACCACAACACACCCCCUGUUAUAUGGGCUAAGCAAGGCGAUACUUUUCAUGGGGUUAUAAUAAGACAUGAUGGUCCUUUGGAAAUUACUAUCCUUUCUUCAAAUUUAAUCGUUUUAAGAGGGUUAACUCCUUCGGAUGUAGAAAUAGAGUUUGCUUUGGGUACAAAUCUUUCAUUUUUAAGGCAGUUGCAGAAUAAUUUUAGUGUGGAUAUUUCUGAAUGGGAUGAAUUGGUUAAAACUCAUCUAUGCAGGGGAAGCAACGAAUUAACUUUGUCGAAUUUAAUCGAUGAGUACACAGCCGAUAUCGACGAACUUUUUGAUGUCGAAUGCAUACACGAAAAUCUAUUAAUGGCCAUGAUGCACAAUGACACAAAUGGAUUGGAAGAUUUAAAAAAUAUUACAAAGGCAUUGUUAACCAACAAGGAAAUAUACUUGUCUAUACCGCCUCAUAUAUAUGGUAUAGAAAAUGAGUUGUUUGUUACUGCAAAUAAAAGUAACAUGUUGUAUACAGUAAAUAAUAAGGUUUAUAAUGGCAAAUUUAAAGGGCAAAAUGUUGCCUAUCCAGACUUCAGUAGUGGAUCUGUAAAGGAGUAUUUGAUUUCUUUCGAAACCUUGAUAAGCAGAUAUUUUGGUAUAAACGAGAUAAGCGGAUUUAUUUUAACAAAAAAUUGGCCCGACAAUGAAAACGAGGAACUUGGGAAUCUUAACAAUUUUCCUUACCUUUCAGAAGAUCUUAAAUCGGCUCUAACCUAUAGUAUCCCAUGGUACGCCACCAAUGCACAAUUUCAACACAUAACUUUACACAAUAAAUAUGGAGAAAAUAUGGCCAAAGCUUUUAAAGAUCAUUUUCCCAAUAAAGUGGUAAUAUCAUCUUCCAACAUGUAUGGUAAUUUUAAACCCUCUGUAGUAGAAAACGUGGAUGCUUCAUGGUCAAACUUAAAACAAAUCCUAAAAAAUAUUUUGUUUAAUAGCAUGAUUGGUAACUAUCUGGUGUAUUAUCCAACAUGUGGCUCAACCGCUUCUUUUGAGUCACAAUUACAAGAAUCACUUUGCAUGAGAUGGUAUUUGAUAGCUGCCACCCUUCCUGGCUUUAGUGUAAACUCGGUAAAACCAAGACGUAAUCCAAAUAAAUUGUACACCAAAUUUACCACAGAAAUAGUCCAAAGAGCUAUGGAUACCAGGAAAUCAAUGAUUCCCCUUUACAAAACCAUUUUAAAAGAUGGUAAACCACUAGUGACCCCAAUGUUUUACUAUUAUUCCAAAGACCCAAAUACAUUUUCCUUAAACGAGCAGUACAUGCUAGGCGAGAACAUCCUUGUGGCACACCCUUUUCUACCAAAUCCGUCAUCUUUGAUGGUGUACUUUCCAGCUGGAUUCUGGUAUGGAAUGAGUGAUGGGCAAUUUUUUAACGUAACAGAGGGUCGAUGGGAACAAUUGAGCAUUGUUGAAACAGAUUGGAUAAGUUACAUUAGUGGAGGAAGCAUUAUACCAUUUGUAGAAAAUGAUUCCAAAUUAACAAUAAUAAUAGCCACAUCGUGUGAAAGUAACAAGAUUGCAGAGGGAAAGAUUUUUUUUGAAAAUAAAUGCGAGGCUGUACUUUUCGCAACUACUAAAAAUAUCACCAUAACCAUGAAAGCUGAAAAUGUGUGCCGGAAACCAUAUGAAGUUAAUCGAAUAAAGUUGUACGAUUGUGGCAAUUUCAAGCAUAUUUCAGCCAGCCAAACUCUGAAUGAAGCCAACGACACAGUUAUUAGUUUUAAUGCAUAAUAUUAAUUUUAUUUAUUUGUAAUAUAAUUAUUUAGCUUGGUAUAUCAAUAUAUAUUUACAUAUAUUGAAUUCUAAUUUGUAUUAAACAAAAUUAUCUUUUAUAUUUUCAUAUAUUGGCCAAAAUUUAUGUUAAAAGGUACGUAAUUAUUCAUUAAAAUUUUUUAUAAAAAUUGUGUCUGCCUUAUUAAAGUUACAAAGUGUAAUAGGAUGAUACUUAACUUUAUAAAAACUUACUGUAUAAUAUUAAAGCACCAGUGGCUAAGGAUUACCCAAAUGCUCGUCGUAAAUUAUUUGGAAAUCGCUUUUUACAUUAAUAUGUAUAUAACUGUCAGUUUAUUUUUCC